AGCACCACCACAUCCUUAUCUAAUUAGGCAAUUGCCAUUGACCGCCAUGAACUUAGUGCCUACUAUUUAAGCAAUCUUCCAAAUUCAUUUGCCCUUUCCCUACAUCUAAAUCUCUGGGGUUGGUAACAACUCUGCACUUGCCAAAAAAAAAAAAAAAUAGUAAGAUGAGAGGCUUAGAGUCGUGGAAGAAGACCCAUAGGGUACUACUUCCAAAAGAAAUCCAAAAGGAGGAUUUGAACCUUUGGAAUCACAUCUACACAUGGUGUCGAGACAAUACGAAUCGCCAUGGGAUAUAUGAUGGUGAUGGAAAGGUGAUUCAACUGAAUAUCACUCGACCAGCAGGCUUUAUGACUCAUGAAAUAUGUUCAACAUGUGGUAAUCAUGAUCAACUAAGGCCAGCGCAAGGUGAAGGUUUGGUCGUCUCAACCUCUCUUGAUGAUUUUCUUUCAGGUGGAAACAUCUAUCUCUUCGAAUAUGGUGUUGAUCUAGCUCACUUCGGCUUUACCAAACUUUGGGAGGAUACCUGUACCCUUGCAUCUUCCGAUCCACCUCAAGUUGUUGAAGAGCGUGCGUCUUUCCUCCUCAAUGAUGGUUCUUCUGCUGACCACUACCGUUACAUAGACAAUGGUAAAGACUUUGCAAUAUAUUGCAAAACAGGGUUGGUACUGAUAGAUAGAAUUGAUUUCAGAAGAAGUAGGCAAACAGCAUUUUUCUUGGCCAUUACUGCUGUAGCUUUCUUCGAUUAUGAACAGAAACUUAUGCUUGCUGCUACUUUUUGGGGUCUUUUCGGUAGAUAUGUGGGCAUAUACUGUAUUUGUAGAUUUGCUUUUGAUAUCGGAGCUCAUACUAAUGUUAUCAAAGUUGAUCAAGCAGGGAGUUUGCCUCAAGUUGAGAUAUUUUCUGGUACUGAUUGGGACAAAUGCACUCUUGAAUCUUUAGUUGACACGUUUUUACUAAUUUCGAUUCUUGCAUUCGCUUUAUGUUUGCUGUCAACGAAGUGGUCUGAGCCUCUUCAAGCGUGGUCUGACACUCUUAGAGUGGUCUGGAGUCUGCCAUACAUCACGUUUUUCUACUGGGCAGUAUUACAGAGGAGGCUGCUUUCGAACAAGAUACAGAAGGGACAACUGAAGCGUGGGGAUCACAUCUACACCUAUAGGCGCGGCCAUUCCUACUCCCAUCAUGGGAUAUAUGUGGGCAAUGGAAAGGUGAUCCACCUUAUUCGAGGAGAAGCUUCUAUUAGUGGUGGUGGCCAACCAACUCAGAAUCAUGUGGAAUCUUGCUGCAUAAAUUGUUUUCUGGCUGGUGGGGAACUCUGUCUUUAUAAAUAUGGUGUUAAUAUUGCUUUCUUUAUGGCCAAAACUCGAGGGGGUACCUGUACACAUGUCUUUGCUGCUCCAACUGAAGAUGUCGUGCAACGUGCAGAACACCUCCUUGGGCUUAGAGGAUUUGGUGCCUACAACCUUUUCAACAACAACUGUGAAGAUUUUGCAGUAUAUUGCAAAACUGGCUUGUUUUCAACCAUUGACUUCGUUAGUCAUGGCACCAACGGGCAGAUAGCAUCCUUUGUAGCUAUCUUUAUAGCUUUCGUUUUUUUAAAAUCACUUAUAAUACCGACUAGUAAUUUUAUUGAUGUGGCUGCUGCAGUUUAUUUCAUUUACUCUGUGAUGAGAUAUACAGCUGAUUGGGGCACAGAAGUUACACCUCAGAACUUGGUGGCUGCUAUUCAAAGUAGAACAAGAAAUUCUCGCUUCUGGAUGAGAUGUUUCUUUAAAUUUUCUGUUUUCUUGGUGAUUAUUGUUUACAGUGUAGGGGUGGGCAUGGAUUGGGUUGGUUCGGUUUUGGACUGAAAUACAACCCAAUCCAUACAUAUCGGUUUUUCUAAUUUACAAUCCAAACCAAACUAUUGAAGCAUUAAAUCCAAACCAAACCAAACCAUUUAUGAUCGGUUUGGUUUGGAUUGGUUGAUCGGUUUGAAACUUACUAAUUUAUAAAUAUAUAAUACAAAUAAAAAAAUUUUCAAAUAUAAAAUAUAAAUAAUAAAUUAUAAUUAUCUAAACAUAAAAUAAAAUUAGAAUAAUAU